GCGGAGCCCCUCUGCUUUCACCUCGAUAGCUCCCUGGUCGGGGCUCUCCUAGGUCGGAGCGGAAGUAAGAUUAAAGAACUUGAGAAUUCUUCAGGUUCCAGGAUAAAGGUUAUAAAGGGAACCUAUGAAGCUGAGGUGAAGAUUUUUGGCAGCAUUGCAGUGCAAAACAAAGCCAAGAUGUUGAUUGACGAAGCUGUUAAAAGAUCUGGACAAAACUAUCAUUUUGGUACUAACCCCGCCAGAAGAACCUUUGAUGUUAUCAAGCCUGAAGAUAGCCCACAGAAAUCAGUGAUUAACUGGGCCUCUCUUCGAGAAAACAAGGCUAAAUAUGAAGCUCUGAAAUGGGCAGACUUGCCUCCAAUUGAGAAAAACUUCUACAAAGAAUCGUCAAGGACUGCAUCUAUGUCACAAGAAGAAGUAGAACUGUGGCGGAAAGAAAAUAAUAACAUAAUUUGUGAUGACUUAAAAGAAGGUGAAAAACGCUGCAUUCCCAAUCCUGUUUGUAAAUUUGAAGAUGUAUUUGAGCAUUAUCCUGAUAUUAUGGCUAAUAUAAGAAAAGUUGGUUUUCAAAAGCCUACACCAAUUCAGUCGCAGGCAUGGCCGAUCAUACUUCAAGGAAUAGAUCUUAUUGGCAUAGCACAGACUGGCACUGGGAAGACAUUAGCGUACUUAAUGCCUGGAUUCAUUCACUUGACGUUACAACCGAUAUCCAAAGAUGAACGUGGGGGGCCAGGAAUGUUAGUCCUUGCUCCCACUCGAGAACUGGCGCUUCAAGUAGAGGCAGAGUGUGCAAAGUACUCAUACAAAGGAAUAAAAAGCAUUUGCAUAUAUGGUGGUGGGAACCGAAAAGGACAGAUAGACGUGGUUACCAAAGGUGUGGAUAUUGUUAUUGCUACUCCUGGCAGACUGAAUGAUCUUCAGAUGAACAACUUCGUAAAUUUGAAGAGCAUAACUUACUUGGUUCUAGAUGAGGCUGACAGGAUGUUGGAUAUGGGAUUUGAACCUCAGAUAAUGAAGAUCUUAAUAGACGUGCGGCCUGACAGACAAACUGUUAUGACAAGUGCUACUUGGCCAGAUGGUGUUCGUCGUCUAGCAAAAUCCUACUUGAAAAAUCCUAUGAUUGUAUAUGUUGGCACUCUUGAUUUGGCAGUAAGUUCU